AGAGAGAGAGAGAGAGAGAGAGAGAUGUGACCACAUGACUGCAAAAAAGGGAUACAUAAAAAGGCAGAAAGAGGACAGGAGGGGCGGGGUGGGGGACCCCUUGAAUGUGGAGGAUCAGCUCCCUUUAGACACUCCUCUUUCUCCAGCCAGCAGCAGUACCAACAUGGCCGACCCUGUGCCAGCACUGCCCCAGUCCUAUGCUCCCGGGCUGGACAGUGUCUUCUCUGACCAGCUGGGUUUCUACUCACUGGACUCCAAUGUCCCUGGCCUCUCCAAAGUCAUCUUGGACAAGCUCCACAUGAAGGACUAUGGAGAAUACAGGAAUGCCAUGGAGGGGAAGAUAAGGGGCGCAACCUUUCACACUAAUAAGGAGAUGUUUGACAAGUUGGAGGACACCUUUAAAUUCUGUGCAGCCUGUCAGAAACUCCCUGCUCACCUGCCAGACCCAAAGGCUCUUAAGCGUUGCAUAAAGUGCCUAAAUCUGUAUUACUGCUGUAAAGAAUGUCAGAGGAAGGACUGGCCUACUCAUAAGAAGUUCUGCAAGAAGUUACGUCUAGUGGCAAUUGACAGGCUGGUAGAAUGGUUAGUUUCAGCAGGUGCUCUCCCGUUUCCUACGGAGGCAUGGACGCGUCCCGCUGCAGAGAUCAACAGCUGGGAAGACUGGCUCUCCAUGCAGGGGGAUCUGACCGCUCGAAUGGACCCCAUCCUGUCUGGAAAGUUCAUGACGGAGCUUUGGAAGAGCGUCAGCAGACCACGCCCAGAAGAGGCCGAUCUGAGAGAGUCGAUGUGGCGUGUGAGCACUGAGUUCUUGUCUCGGCCACUGACCAUCGGUUUGGGCAUCAGGCUCUUCAACCUCGACCCUUACUCCCGCCCGCUCACCAUUCAUUUGGUGGGAGCUGCCCUCCAGGAGACUCUGGAGGCCCGAGUCACUGACAUGGACGAGCUGAGCCACAUGUUCCCUGGACACCAGGGCCUGGAGGUGGUGAUGGUGGGGCCGGAGGUGGUGGAGGGGAAGGCCAUUCGCCCCCCACUGAGAGCCUUUGGGCCCAGAGGGAAAUCCUACAUCAGCGGAUACAAGGGCCUCUACCACCAGUUCUGGGAAGAUGUGGUGGAGAAAGGGGAGGCAGCAAAACCAGACCUGGUGGUGGGAUUUCACCCAGGAUUCCAUGCAACACAGAGUUUAGGGGAGGGGUGGCUGCCAACAUUACUGCUGCUCAGAGACUACAACAUUGCAUCAAUGUUUACCACAUUUAACGAGACAGAAUAUGACCUGUCCCUUCAGAUCUUGUUGGAGUUGGAGAUGCACAUCAAGGCCGCUGGGGUGAAUCCCUUUAAAUCCCAGAAGCCAGAGCAGGUGCAGGCCUGCCCCAACAAGCCUCCAGGCUACUGCAGCGCCCACUACAUCUGCUUCCAGGGGCUGCUGGAGAGAGAGGAGGAAGAGGCUGAGGCAGAACAAGCCUAAAGGCUCAGACGUGGACUAUUUUCUCUCUCUCUCUCUCUCACACACACACUUCUACCCUUUCUAUUUCCUUUAUCUAUCUCUCUGUUAGCAUAUAUAUGUGUAUGUGUGUGUGUGUGUGUGUGUGUGUGUGUAUGCAUUGUGGAUGUAUGAACUAGAGCAGUGUUUUAUAUUAGGCUACUUUCAAAAAUGUUUGUGUUUUUUUUACCUAUACCAACACCAACGAAAUCUGGAUUUCGUUACCUUCUUGACCUUUUUUCUAGUUUGGAGUGUUGAAAAUAUGUCAUAAAUAUGUCAUAAACCUGAAAUGCAAUCAGCAACAAAAUAAACAUUCAGAUAAGAUAAACUUCAA